CGGAAGUGCGCAGGCGCCUGCGGCUCGGCUGAGGGCGGUGCGGGCGAGUCUCUGGCUGUGCUGGUGCAUCUCUAGAUCCUUUCCAGGAGUUGCUAUGGGUGUGAGAGGUUUGCAGGGAUUUGUGGGCAGUACGUGCCCACAUAUAUGUACAGUAGUGAAUUUCAAAGAACUGGCCGAACACCACCGAAACAAGCAUCCUGGAUGUACUCCUACCAUUGUGGUUGAUGCCAUGUGUUGUCUCAGAUACUGGUAUACUCCUGAAUCUUGGAUCUGCGGUGGCCAGUGGCGGGAAUACUUUUCUGCUUUGCGGGAUUUUGUUAAGACUUUUACAGCUGUUGGCAUCAAGUUGAUAUUCUUCUUUGACGGCAUGGUGGAGCAGGAUAAAAGAGAUGAAUGGGUGAAACGAAGACUCAAGAACAAUAGGGAGAUCUCCAGGAUUUUCCAUUAUAUCAAGUCACACAAGGAGCAGCCAGGCAGGAACAUGUUCUUCAUCCCAUCGGGGCUGGCCAUCUUUACACGAUUUGCUUUGAAGACCCUGGGUCAGGAAACCCUGUGUUCCUUACAGGAGGCUGACUAUGAGGUGGCAUCUUAUGGCCUCCAGCAUAACUGUCUUGGGAUUCUUGGAGAAGACACUGACUACUUAAUUUAUGAUACUUGUCCUUACUUUUCAAUUAGUGAUCUCUGCCUGGAGAGUCUCAGUACUGUCAUGCUCUGUAGAGAGAAGCUCUGUGAGAGUCUGGAUAUCAGCCUGGCAGACCUUCCUCUUCUGGCCUGCCUGCUUGGCAAUGACAUAAUCCCAGAGGGCAUGUUUGAAAGCUUUCGGUACAAAUGCUUAUCUUCCUAUACCUCUGUAAAGGAGAACUUUGACAAAAAGGGUAACAUUAUCUUAGCUGUAGCAGACCAUAUAUCUAAAGUUCUUCACUUGCAUCAAGGUGAGAAAAAGCUAGAAGAGAUGUUACCUUUGGGACCAAACAAAGCUCUUUUUUAUAAGGGUGUGGCAUCAUAUCUUUUGCCAGGACAGAAAUCUCCGUGGUUUUUCCAAAAACCCAAGAGUUUAAUAACUUUGGACAAGCAGGUGUUAUCCAUGAGUUCAGACCCUGAAUCCAAGCAAGGAGUUCCCAUGUGUACAGACCCUGAACCCAAGCAAGGAGUUCCCACGUGCACAGACCCUGAACCCAAGCAAGGAGUUCCCACGUGUACAGACCCUGAACUCAAGCAAGGAGUUCCCACGUGCACAGACCCUGAACCCAAGCAAGGAGUUCCCACGUGUACAGACCCUGAACCCAAGCAAGGAGUUCCCACGUGUACAGACCCUGAACCCAAGCAAGGAGUUCCCAUUUGUACAGAUCCUGAACCCAAGCAAGGAGUUCCCAUGUGUACAGACCCUGAACCCAAGCAAGGAGUUCCCAUGUGUACAGACCCUGAACCCAAGCAAGGAGUUCCCAUGUGUACAGACCCUGAAUACAAGCAAGGAAUUCCCAUUUGUGUAGAUCCUGAAUCCAAGCAAGAAGUUACCCUCGAAUCCAAGCAAGGCGUUCCCAAAUGUACACACACUGAAAUCAAGCAAAAGUUACCUGUAGGGGCAGAUUCCGAAUUUAAGCUAGAAGCACCCAUGUGUAUAGACCCUGCAAUUAAACAACAAGACCUCAUGCAUAUGGAACCUGAAGUCAAACAAGAAACCUUGGUUUCAGACCCUGAAAUCUUAAAGGUCGCUAGAGCGCACCACGUCCGGGCGGAGAGCUACCUGGUGUACAACAUCAUGAGCAGCGGGGAGAUCGAAUGCAGUAACACGCUGGAGGACGCGCUCGACCAGGCUCUGCCCAGCCAGGCUUUUGUGUACCGCCCGGUGCGGCAGCGCGUGUACUCCCUCCUGCUGGGGGACGGCAGAGAUGGUGCCAGCACCUGCCCCACUGUCAAGGAGUGGUUUGUGUAUUCUGGGAACCCACUGAGGCACCCGGACCUCGUCAGGCCUCUGCAGAUGAACGUUCCAGGGGGAACACCUAAUUUGAAAUUAUUGUGGCUGAACCAAGAGCCUGGAAUGCAAGUCCGGCGCUUGGAUGCCCUCCUAGGCUGUUUGGACCUUUCCUCCUCCAGGGAAGAGCUGCAGGCGGUGGAGAACCCCUUCAAGGCAUUGUGCUGCCUCCUGAUCUACCUCUUUGUGCAGGUGGACACUCUUUGCCUGGAGGAUCUGCAUGCUUUUAUUGCUCAGGCCUUGUGCCUCCAAGGAAAGUCAACGGUGCAGCUUGUAGACUUACAGCUUGACUACAUCGACCCCCGAGCCGUGCAGCUUGGCUCCCUCCUGGUCCGCGGCCUCACCACUCUGGUCUUGGUCAACAGCGCGUGCGGCUUCCCCUGGAGGAUGAGUGACUUCAUGCCCUGGAACAUAUUUGACGGGAAGCUCUUUCAUCAGAAGUACCUGCAGGCGGAGAAGGGGUAUUCCGUGGAGGCCCUCGUGGAACAAAAUAGGUCCCGGCUGACCAAGUUCCACGCACUGAAGUCAGUCGUGUGCAAGGCGUGCGUGAAGGAGAACAGACGCAUCGUCAGCAAGCAGCACUGGCGCUCACACCAGCCAGGCAGGUGGGGGAGGCAGGGAUCUGGCUCCCACAGGACGAGCUCCGGGUACAGCCGGGCAGGCCAAGGACAGCACUGGAGGGACCAGGGACCAGGAAAUAGACAAUACGAGCCUGACCAUUGGAGAAGAUACCCAUCCUCUUCUGGGUGGUCCAACUGAUGCCCGCCUGCUGAACAGGACAGACCCUCACGGUUGGAGAGUAAUUUUAAAGCGUGGACGUUGAGCAUAAAGCCAGUACCUCUUGCUUAUCCACAACCAAGACAUAGAAUGAGGUAACGCGGUAUUUUACCCAGUCGUGGGCGCUCAGUACAGGUGUAUUGAAUGAGAUGAGCUGGAUGUGGUGUUCGUGAACUCCGCUCCAUUGUGCCAUUUACAUCAACACCAGAGCAGGGACGGCUUCUGGAAACCAGCAGCCAGGCAAGGCUGAGGGCGUUAGAGAAACCGCCAGCCCCUGCCCAGACGCAUUGUGGUGGCUGCAGCCCGCGUGCGGGGAUCAUCCCAAUUGCUGACUGUAAAUGUAUAGACCUUCGCAGAGAGAACGCAAAAACGACGAACGCCUGCGUCAGCCCGGGCUGCGCAGCUCCCGAGGGGCAGAGCCUGGCGUAGGGUUGCCCACCUGGCAACAGACCUUGUGUCUUCAAGCUGCUGCCCUUGAGUCCCUCAUGCUUGUGUUAAAAAUGCGAGUUCAGCAAGUGAUUUCCUGAACAGCCCACCCAGGCCUGGUAUGCGCAGGCCCAUGUGAAAGUUCACAGUGCUUCUCGGUGCGCCAGCUUAGUCUCCGGUCCUUGUUUAAAUGUGUCGGAAAUGUCAUCUGGUCACUGGCUCGGAAGUGCUGCAUGGCUGCAUGGGAACGACUGGUUUGUGGUUACCAUUUUGUUCUAGGGAAUAUAGCGGGACCACCUGGGGUAAAGGACGUGUGCAGGAUCUGAGAACAAGCAGCCCUUGGAGCCCAGUGGCUCACGCAGGACCGGGACUCGCGGCCCCCUUUCACAUGCUUGGUUGUGCGCACAAAGGAACCUCGGCCGCCGUACGGACAGUCUGAUUAGGCUCCUCUGCUCUCCUUUUGUUACGAUACUGACCUCUACUACGAGUUCGUCUGCUGUUAGAACAAGAAAUGAAGACCUGCUUCUCUGCUCCUGCUUUUCAUUUGUACCUGUCGUUAAAGUUCUACAGCUGGAAGAGCCACAGGCACCCAGCGACGUCCGGCCAGGUUUCUUGUGGGCUCUGCACCAGCAUCUUCGUUUCGCGCCGGGUUUAUGGAGUUCAGGGGUUACCAGCUGUAAGUCUGUGUACACCCUUGAAAAAAAAGUGGUAAUUCCUGUGUCAGUCUGCUACUGUUUUUCCAAAGCUAUUUAAAUACGUGCAAAUGUGCGUUAGAGUCCUUAUGCUCAGAGCUCUUUCUUAAUGCAGCUUUCAUUCCAAGAUGUCAUAUAAAUAAAAUGAAACUAGAUAAUGAAACAGGUAAUGUUUCCACAACCCCCAGGAGCUCCCAAUAGGCUGGCCAGCCCUGUGCUCGGGAAGAGAGGUCCGUACGAGACAGGGGCCGGUCGGAAUCCUCUUCUCGGGAGCUGCUCCACCAGCGUCCACAGGAGGGACGGAUGCUGGGUAGAGGGCAGAGGGUGGAAUGCCUCCCCAUCCCUGUCACCUUGGUGCCCAUGAUAGGAGCCCUGAGAGGACGCCUCUUGCUUGAACUUGCAGAGAGCAUCUGGCAUGGCUGAGCCCAUGGUGGCGUCCGGUGCGUUCCCCUGGCACGUCACUGACCGCCUGUCACACAUCUUGUAAGAGGGACUAGGUUUCCAAAGAGACAUCUGCCUUAUCCAUGAAUUUUUGCAACAGGAAUGACUUCAUGUAUUAUGUGGUUGAAAAGAAAAGAAAUAGUGAUGGCCAGUGAGCAUCUUCACAUCUUGGGUAAAGUGUGUAUUUAUAAAGCACUGAGCUCUUGGAUUUUAUGAAGCUCAGCGUCCAAAGGGCUGGACCUGUUCAUUUCUUCCCCAUCCUUUGAACUUUGUGUUUAAAAUUUCAAGCUCUUUCGGGCACCUGGCACAACUUAGGAAGAAAAAUAAGUCAGUAGCACCACCAUUUCCUGUCACAAAAAAGAAAAAAAAUACGCAGAAGGAAAAAAGCCUAUGUUGUGUGUAUGCCGA